CCCCCCCCCCCCGCCCUCCGUCGGUCCGUCCGUCCGCCUGUCGGUCAUCCAACCGCAGGGACCGAGCGGGCACGGCCCGCUGAGGACAGGAGGAAGGCGUCACAGUCCCCCAUGAAUUACGAAAACCCGCCACCCUACACGGGCCCCGGCCCAACCGCCCCGUAUCCACCGUACACCCAGCAGCCGGCCGGACCCUCUGGUCCCCAGGCCUACCCCGGAUACCCUCCUGGCCCUUAUCCUCCUGGCAACCCGGGCUACCAAGGCUACCCACAAUAUGGCUGGCAGGGCGGACCACCUCCCGGACCGAUGUACGCCGACGCUCCGAAAAGCACAGUGUACGUGGUAGAAGAACAGAGGAGGGACAACCUGGACCAGAGCACCUGCCUCACAGCGUGCUGGACGGCGCUCUGCUGCUGCUGCCUCUGGGACAUGCUCACCUGACGGCGUCCAGGGCCCCCCCCCCAGCCCCCGCAGGGCCCACCCCACUCUCUUUCUCGACUGUAAUAACUGGCCAGCUCCGCGCGGCCCUAGCCCCGAUGUACCCGAAUCCUAGAUUUGUGGUGGUUCCCACGGUUUCACUUAGCGUCACGGGCCUUCCUUUCGGGUUCCCUCUCAGCCGCCUCCCGCUGGACUCCCACCACGGGCUCAGUGACUCUCUUCCUCCUUUGCGUUUGUCUGGGGCUGAGAACUGGGGUGUGACACGCGUAUUUAUCACAAUGGCAAAAUAUGCAAUAACUCAAGCCAAUGAAUGAUUUUCUUUGCUCGCUCCCCCCCCCCCCCCACACUUCAAUAAAUUG